AUGGCAGCGGCUACAAAAAUUAACGACCCGGAAGUCAAACAUCCUGGCGCGAACGUACAUCCCUACUCUACCGCGAAUGCAGUUUCGCGUUAUUUUUUCUGGUGGCUCCUUGACGUACUUCGAAUCGGCGUGCGAAGGCAAAUCGUACCAAACGACAUUUAUGACACCCUUUCAGCACACAGCAGUGCACAAAUCGGUGCAUCAUUCGAGCAGCAAUGGCAACGGGAAACGUUGCGCCAUUAUACCAUCCAACCAGCAUCGAUCGAUGACGAACGCCGAACGCAAGACGACACGAAAAGUGAGCCACAGUCAGCACAGCAAAACAAACCGUCGGCGCCAUGGAGGCUCCUUCGGACUAUAUUACGCAUGUACGGAGUCGGAGUACUGGUGUUUGGAUUUGUUUACAGCUCCAUUGAAUCGGCCUGCAGAAUAGGACAACCGUUCCUACUUGGUCAAUUGAUCCUUUAUUUUGAUUCCCUACGUACCGGAACGGCCGCAGUCGACGAAUCUGCAACAUCGCUGGGCGCCGCCUAUGGGUAUGCGCUGGGUAUUGUUAUGACCGUUUUGGCCCCGCUAGCCAUAUUUCAUUGCUAUCAGCUGUAUCUACUGCAAGUGGGCAUGAAGAUUCGUAUCGGUUGUUGUGCACUGAUCUACCGCAAGAUACUUAAAUUGAGUAACACUACCGAUGGUUUGUCCGGCAUGGUCAUCAAUUUGAUGGCAAACGAUGUGAGUCGGUUCGAUUACGCAGUGAUCUUUCUCCACGAUCUCUGGAAAGGGCCAGUCGAGCUGGUGAUUGUUGCCGUAUUUGUGUACCGUGAAAUAGGACCCGCCGGAAUGAUUGGCAUAGGGUUUUUACUGCUGUUCAUACCAAUUCAAGCCUGGCUGGGCAAAAAAUCGGCUGAAUUUAGAAUGAGGGCGGCGUUGGCCACAGACGAACGGGUGCGUCUAACAAAUGAAAUCAUCCACGGCAUACAGGUGAUUAAGAUGUACGUAUGGGAUCUACCUUUCGAGCAAAUGGUGCGAAAAUUGCGAUGCAAAGAGGUGACAGCAUUGCGCGGUAGUGCGAUCAUCAAAUCGGCCCUUUUCGCGCUUCGCAUUGUUCCGAAAGUGUCCAUUUUUCUAACACUGGUCGCGUACGUCUAUUUCGACAAUGCGCUCACAGCACGACGCGUUUAUAUGUUGAUUUCAUUCUUCAGCGUGAUCCAUCAUUCGAUGGUCGAGUUUUGGCCUCUUGCUGUAACGUCCGCCGCAGAAGGUUGGAUCUCCUUAAAGCGAAUACAGGAGUUUCUUCUUCAGACAAGUGUACAGAAGGUACAUCAAAAACAAGAAAAUCUUACCCAACGAUUGAGCGGUGAUCCGUUUGUCGAGUUUACUGCAGCGCACAGUACUUGGCCAAAUUCACAUUUCUCGCUGCAAGACAUAUCCUUCAGGGUAGAUGCAACGAAUCACCGUACGGUAGCAAUAAUAGGUUCGAUUGGUGCCGGUAAAUCAACACUGUUGAAUAUGAUCAUCGGAGAGCAAUGCGCUACUGAAGGACAAGUCACCGUGAACGGUACCAUCAGCUAUUGCCCUCAAAACCCGUGGCUGUUCGAGGGAACGAUCAAACAGAACGUCAUCUUCCUGGAACAGUACGAUGAAAAACGAUAUCGUACUGUGCUAAGCGUGUGUGCAUUGGAGCGCGAUAUCGAAAUCUGGCCACACGGUGACCAGACUAUGGUUGGUGAACGAGGAUAUAGUUUGAGCGGUGGACAGAAAGCCAGAAUCAAUCUCGCUCGCGCAUUGUAUCGCUCUGCGGAAAUCUAUCUGCUGGACGAUCCCCUUUCCGCCGUCGAUGCCCAUGUAGCGAAUGUUAUAUUCCAGCAUGCUAUAAGAAAUUUUCUUCACGGAAAGCUCUGCAUAUUAGUGACCCAUCAAUUGAAAUACAUCAACCAGGUGGAGCACAUUAUCGUAGUGGAGGAGGGUAGAAUCGCUGCGCAAGGAAACUAUGGUAAGGAGUUGUCUGAAUACUUCCGUUCAAGCGACUUAUCGCAGCAUCAACAGCCAACAGAAGAACAGAUUCCUAAGCACAGAGGGGAAGAUGGUCCAAAUAUAUCCAGCAAGGAUCAAGAGCAGUCGCUACCUUCGGAGCGCAAAGAGAAAGAAGGACAAGAAGAUGGCACUAUUCAGCUUAAAAUAUAUUUAGAAUUUUUUAAGUCUGUUAAUAGUACUUUAUUCGUCUCGUUUACGGCAUUGCUAAUGAUAGGUUUCCAAGUCGCUUGCUCAGGAACGGACUACUUCGUGUUCGUGUGGGUGGAUUGGGAGGAAACGUUUACCAACGCACUGGAAACACGCUGGACGACGGACGAUCAUGUACUGUUUUAUGCUGGAGCCAUUAUCAUCACCAUCCUGUUGACAGCCAAUUCGUUUGCCUUCUUCGAAAUGUGCCUUAAAGCAUCGCUCAAUCUACAUGCCGCACUUUACCGCGGAGUGUCGCGAACCGCUAUGCUUUUCUUCCAUCAGAAUGCUUCGGGUAGAGUAAUGAACCGGUUCUCGAAAGAUAUCGGGCUCGUCGAUACCAGCCUACCCAUCGUCAUGAUCGACAGUCUUUACUUCUUCCUAGAGCUUUCCGGUAUAAUAGUGAUAGUAGCGUUAGCGAACUAUUGGCUGCUGAUACCAACCGCGAUCAUGGGAGUCAUAUUUUAUCUGCUGCGGUUUGUCUUUCUGAAAACGGCAAGAAAUGUGAAGCGUGUUGAGGCCAUCACCCGCAGUCCAGUAUUCACGCAUACCAACGCAACAAUCGAUGGUUUGACCACGAUACGGGCAUUCGGGGCGGAACGCUUUCUGGAAGAUACAUUCCACCGAUAUCAGGAUCUUAACACGUCGGCAGCGUUUCUGUUUGGUGCCACGACUCGGGCUUUCGCCUUCUGGUUGGACGUUAUUUGUCUGCUGUAUAUUGCGUCAGUUGUUCUGAGUUUUCUUGUGAUUGGGAAUGACAUCAUUAGCGGUAAUGUCGGACUGGCCAUAACGCAGGUGCUCAACCUCAUUGGAAUGUGCAACUGGGGCAUUCGACAAACGGCCGAGCUGGAAAAUCAAAUGACAUCGGUGGAGCGCGUGCUAGAAUACGCCCAGCUCGUACCAGAAGCGGACUUGGCACCGGGUGUCCAAACAACUGAACGCAGUGAAGCGUGGCCCGAAAAUCCCAGCAUAACUUUCCGCGAAGUUUAUCUACGCUAUUCGCCCACCACGAACCCCGUCCUGAAGCGGCUGAGUUUCGACAUAAAACCCAAGGAGCAUGUCGGAAUCGUUGGGCGUACCGGCGCUGGCAAGUCCUCAAUAAUUCAGGCACUCUUUCGUCUAACACCGCUGCACGCCGGUGAUGGUAUCAUCGAGAUUGACGGAAUCAAUAUCGGUUCGGUGCCGCUGCGGCAGUGUCGUGGCCGCAUCUCGAUAAUUCCCCAGGAUCCGGUCAUAUUCUCAGGCAGUUUGCGAAGCAAUUUAGAUCCGGACGAGCGGACGUCGGAUGAGCGGCUGUGGAAAGCACUCGAGCAGGUUGAAUUAAAAACCACUAUAACCGCACUUGCCGGAGGUUUAAACACGAAGAUGGCGGAAGGAGGCACUAAUUUGAGCGCUGGCCAACGGCAAUUGAUCUGUUUGGCUAGGGCGAUCCUGAAGGGCAGUAAAAUAUUGAUACUCGACGAAGCGACGGCCAGCGUGGAUCCCAAAACGGACACACUUAUUCAACGUACCAUACGGACACAGUUUCAUGAUUGCACCGUGCUGACGAUAGCACACCGUUUGCAUACGAUUUUGGACAAUGAUCGAGUGCUAGUUAUAGAUGCUGGCCAAAUGGUGGAGUUUGAUACCCCCCAAAAUCUACUCCAAAUUCCAGAUGGUUUCUUCCGCAAAUUGAUAGAUGAGCAGGGCCAAGGAGGUGUAUCCAACAACGACAAUGCGCAUAUUUAG